UAUUUUUGUUAAUAUUCUAAAUUUACAAAAUUGUCUUUUUUCCAAAUCUUGAACUUGAAGCAUCAUCGAACUUUAUUUAAUAAAAUUUAGUAAAUUUAAUUAGUGAGCAGACAUCGGAAUCGGACAGUGUCCUCUUUCCUCGCCUAUCUCUCUCUCUUCCUCUGAUCUCCGAUCUCAAUCAAACCGCGUCUUGAUUUCUUCUACGUUUCUGAAGAACCUCCAAGUCUCUCUGCUCAAAUUCUAAUCUUCCGUUCUACUUUUUCCGUGGUAUUGAUUUUGGAUUCCAUUGCUUCUUCUUCCGAUUUGGUUGGUUUUUCCACGGAUUUGAACGAUACCCAUUUAGUGAUUCGAUCUGUUUAUCUCUGGGUUUGCGUCAAAAUCAUGUCUUUUCAACUGGUAGGUUACACCUAGGAGAUUGGAUCAUCUCUGUGUUCGAGACAUUGAUCUUGCAGUGUGUUGUUGUUGGAUGGUUCUUCUUUUGCAUGAUGGGAUUAGAAUUCGGAUUCGAUAGAAGUGGAAACGAAAGAUUUAGAAGAGAUUGAUCGUAUAUGGUAACUAACUAGAUUGUCCUGAAUCUUUUCUUGUGGUUUUGAAUGCCGAAAAUGCGGUUGAAUCAUUAAGAAACAAUGAGUAAUUUCACAAAGAGUUCAUCAUUCAAUAGAAGGGCAUUGAGUUCCUUAGCUAUAGAAAGCCCUAGGAACUCUUCUUCUAGUGUCUUCACUAGUCCCAUUGGCUCAGCUUUCGCUAGCCCGAGAUCACAGAACUUUGGAGGAAGUCCACGCCCGUCUACUAAUCGGUUAAAAGAGAUCUCAUAUUUGUUUCAGGUGCUUAUUAUCGCCGGAACUAUUGUGUCGUUUCUUGUUAUCAUCGCUGGGGGUUAUUUGUAUGUUGUUCCUAGCCUCGGUCAAACGUUCUUGGGUUACAAUGGGGCAUUGGAGUUUAAUAGCUCCGUUGCGGGUGAUAAGGAAUGUGAUAUAUUCGAUGGGAAUUGGGUCGUUGAUGAUAACUACCCGUUAUAUAACGCUUCGGAGUGUCCAUUUGUAGAGAAAGGAUUUAAUUGCUUAGGGAACGGGCGUGAACACGACGAGUAUUUAAAGUGGAGGUGGAAGCCUAAGCAUUGUACUGUUCCAAGAUUUGAAGUAAGUGAUGUAUUGGAGAGAUUAAGAGGUAAAAGGAUAGUUUUUGUGGGAGAUUCGAUGAGUAGGACGCAGUGGGAGUCUUUGAUAUGUAUGUUAAUGACAGGGUUGGAAGAUAAAAGGAGUGUUUAUGAAGUCAAUGGGAACAAUAUAACGAAAAGGAUACGGUUUUUGGGUGUGAGGUUUAGUUCCUUUAAUUUUACAGUUGAGUUCUACCGAUCGGUUUUCUUAGUUCAGCCUGGGAGGCUGCGUUGGCACGCACCAAAACGUGUAAAGUCAACGUUAAAGUUAGACGUUUUAGAUGUUAUUAACCACGAAUGGAGCUCAGCUGAUUUUCUCAUAUUCAAUACUGGUCAAUGGUGGGUGCCUGGGAAGCUUUUUGAAACUGGUUGUUACUUUCAGGUUGGAAAUUCAUUGAGGCUCGGAAUGUCAAUUUCUGCAGCGUAUAGAGUAGCAUUAGAGACAUGGGCAUCAUGGAUAGAGAAUACAAUUGAUCCAAACAAAACCCGGGUUUUGUUUCGUACAUUUGAGCCAUCGCAUUGGAGUGAUCAUAGAUCAUGCAAUGUGACAAAGUAUCCAGCCCCAGAUACUGAAGGAAGAGACAAAAGCAUAUUCUCUGAAAUGAUCAAACAAGUAGUGAAGAAUAUGACAAUUCCAGUAUCAAUAUUGGAUGUAACUUCGAUGUCAGCGUUUAGAAGCGAUGGUCAUGUUGGUUUAUGGAGUGAUAAUCCUUUGGUUCCUGAUUGUAGUCAUUGGUGUCUACCUGGACUACCUGAUAUCUGGAAUGAGAUCUUGCUCUUUUUCCUCCUCUCUAGACAACAAGUUCAGUAAAAUGGAUAAUUGCAGGUUUUUUUUGCAACAUAGAAAAAAGAUUAACGACCCUCGAAGUCUGAAUCUCUCGGAGCUAAUUGCUCAUAUUUAUUCUGGGAGCUAAAGACAGAUAAAGGGGUCCAAAUAUUGGUGAAAGUUAAAAAUGAUUCUUACUUAAUUCAUUCUUUUAUUACUUCUUCUAGAGAUGUUAAUAUGGGCUAACCCAUACCAUUUAUACCCACCCCUAUUUAUUCUCUUUAUUUAAACUCAUUUAAAUUUUCUUGACCCA